CGGGUCCAUGCGUACCCCCCACCACCCCCCGCGGCGGCGAAAGAUCUGAGCCGCGACGGGGGGCUCGCCGGCGAGAGGGUCGCGACCGCCGCCUCCUCCUCCACGCCUAUAAAUAAGACCCCGGCUCCGCGGCUCAUCGCCUCGCUUUCGCUCCCCCCCCCUCCCCACACGAAGCCGCGGGAUGACGUGGCGCGCCUCGACACCACCGCCUCACCUCUGAGCUCACCUCACUCCGACCUCCUGGGUGGUCCUCCUCCUUCUAGAAGCUUCCAAACCCUAGAGGGGGGAGGAGGAGGAUGGCGAAGGCGAGGAAGCAGAAGGGCGACGAGCAGAAGCCCGACGGUGGCGGUGGCUCCGCGGCUGGUGGGGGAGGAGGCGGCGGCGCCACCGUGCUCCACCAGAAGCUGUGCCUCUCCAUCGACAUGGAGAACCGGCUGAUCUACGGGUACACUGAGAUAAAAAUUCAAGCUGAGAAUGAUACUUUUGCCCUGCAUGCUGACAACAUGACGAUUAGGAACAUAUUGGUAGAUGGUCAAGUUGCUGAGUUUGAGUACUUUCCUCAAUGGAAAAAUGCUGGUGAUGAACAGAGUUUGUCUUCAAUAUCAUGUUCCAAGACUGCUGCUGAUGCUGCGUGCUCAGUAUAUAUCUCUUCUCUAAAUAGUGAAGCUGCACCUAAUCUCAUAAUCUCAUCUGAGAGAUCAAGCAAGCUAAUAACUGAGCCACAGAAUGAAGAAAAUAGUGGAAAUCAUGAAGAAAAUGGUGAAAAACAUGGAAAAAACAGUGAAACGCAUGAUGGAAAUGGUGAGAAAUGUGAAGAAAAUGGUGGAAAACCUGCUCAAAUAUCUGAUGAUCAAGCUGUUAAUGGCUGCAACGGUUCUGCUGAUAAAAAGGAAAAAGAAGAGGAAACAGAAAAGUACAAUGAAAAAGAGAAGGAGCAGCAAACGGAAACAGAGGAGGAGGAGGAGAAGAAGGAGAAGAAGGAGAAGGAAAAGGUGGAGGAGGAGGAUCAGGAGGAGAAGGAGAAGGAGAAGGAGAAGGAGGAGGAGAAUUUAGAGGAAAAUGGAAAUGAGAAGGACAAGGAAAAUGAAAUUGAAAAGGUGAAGAACACAAAACUGGUUCACAUAGAUUAUAUUUUGGAGAAGGCUGAAACUGGACUUCACUUCGUUGGGAACAUCUUACACAGUAACAAUCAAAUAAGGCGUGCACACUGUUGGUUUCCUUGCAUUGAUAAUGCAACACAACGCUGUCCAUUUGACCUAGAGUUUACAGUUAACAUGAAUCUAGUUGCUGUCAGUAAUGGUGACCUACUUUACCAGGUCUUAAGCAAGGAAGAUCCUCCAAGAAAAACAUAUGUGUAUAAAUUGAGCACUCCAGUUAGUGCACAGUGGAUAUCUUUGGUGGUUGGUCCAUUUGAAGUUCUUCCUGACAGGAAUGACAUAAGUGUAUCACAUAUGUGCUUAUCUCAGAAUUUACCAAAGCUUGAAAACACCAUCUCAUUUUUCCACAGUGCGUACAGCUGUUAUGAAGAUUAUCUUGCUGCAUCAUUUCCUUUUGGACUAUACAAACAGGUUUUUCUUCCACCUGAAAUGAUAGUAUCACCAACAAGUUUAGGAGCCUCCACAUGCAUUUUUAAUUCAGAUAUCUUACACGAUGAAAAGGUUAUAGAUCAGAUAAUUGACACGAGAAUCAAAAUAGCAUUUGCUCUUGCAAGGCAAUGGUUUGGCAUAUACACAAGUGCAGAGGAGCAGACUGAUGAAUGGUUAUUGGAUGGUUUGGCUGGUUUUCUCACCGAGCAUUUUGUCAAGCGUUAUCUUGGGAAUAAUGAAGCACGUUAUAGGCGUUUCAAGGCCAAUUGUACUGUAUGUGAGUUUGAUGUCGGUGGUGCAACUGCUUUGAGCUCUCCUUCAGCUUCGAGUGAUUUAUUUGGAACUCAAACAAUUGGCUCAUAUGGAAAAAUUCGUUCUUUGAAGGCAGUGUCUGUUCUUCAAAUGUUGGAGAAACAGAUGGGGCCAGACCCUUUCCGAAAGAUUCUGCAGAUGAUAGUUGCUCCAACUCGUGGCUCAAGAACACUAAGUACAAAAGAGUUCAGGCAUCUUGCAAACAAGGUCGGUAAUCUUGAACGGCCAUUCCUGAAAGAAUUUUUCCCAAGGUGGGUUGAAUCUUGUGGGUGCCCAGUUAUGAGAUUGGGAAUCUCCUACAGCAAGAGGAGAAACUUGGUUGAAUUAGCUGUUUCACGGGGUUGCACAGCAAAAGUCACUGAUCCUGGUCCUGAUAGUCGCAUGAAUGGUGAUAUUCGAGAAGGCGAUACUGGUUGGCCAGGAAUGAUGAGUGUGCGUGUCCAUGAAACUGAUGGAGUGUAUGAUCAUCCGAUUGUGCCUAUGGCUGGUGAAGCCUUGCAGGUGGUAGAAAUACAAUGUCAUUCCAAAGUAGCAGCAAAGCGCUUCCAGAAAACUAAGAAAGGCUCAAAGCCUGAUGGUUCUGAUGACAUAGAUGCUUCAAAUCAAGAGAACCGUGCAAGUAUGGAUGCACCUUUAUUGUGGAUCAGAGUGGACCCGGAGAUGGAGUAUCUCGCUGAGAUCCAUUUUCACCAGCCUGUGCAGAUGUGGAUCAAUCAAUUGGAAAAGGACAAAGAUGUCAUUUCACAAUCACAAGCAAUAGCUGUAAUGGAGAAAUCAUCUCAACUUUCUUUUGCUGUGAUUAAUGCCCUCAAUAAUUUCUUAAAUGAUACAAAGGCAUUUUGGAGAGUUAGAGUUGAAGCAGCAUAUGCGUUAGCCGUAACUGCAUCAGAGGACACUGAACUAACUGGACUGCUUCAUCUGGUUAAGUUCUAUAAAAGCCGGCGAUUUGAUGCAGAUAUUGGAUUACCCAGGCCGAAUGACUUCCAUGAUAUUCCAGAGUACUUUGUUCUUGAGGCAAUUCCUCAUGCAGUAGCUCUUGUUAGAUCAGCAGACAAGAGCAGCCCAAAAGAAGCCAUUGAGUUUAUCCUUCAGCUUUUAAAGUAUAACGAUAACAACGGAAAUGUAUACUCUGAUGUCUACUGGCUAUCUGCAAUGGUGCAGGCAAUAGGUGACCUAGAAUUUGGCCAGCAGGGUGUAGGCCUAUUGUCAUCUCUUCUCAAGCGCAUUGAUCGGCUACUGCAAUUUGACAGCUUUAUGCCUGGUUACAAUGGGGUUUUGACUGUCAGCUGCAUUCGCACCCUUGCACGUAUUGCACAGAGGGUGUCACCUUCCAUUUGCCUUGAUCGCAUCUGUGAACUCAUUGCUCCCUUUCGCAACAUGGACAAACCAUGGAAAGUUCGCAUGGAAGCUAGCAGGGUUCUUAUUGACCUCGAGUUUCACCAUAAAGGACUUGAUGCAGCUCUUUUGUUAUUCUUGAAAUAUGCUAAUGAAGAAAGAUCUUUGAGAGGAGGGACAAAGUUGGCCGUUCAUGCCUUGCGUCUAUGCCAAGCGAAUAUUGAACCGCAGGAUAAUAAUCAAAUACAAUUGCCAACUCUAGUUGGUCUCCUUUGCUUGCUUGCAGGCAAAAAGGCUUACAACAAUGUAUAUCUUCGACAUAAUGUGUUCUGCAUAUUGCAAAUUGCUGCUGGAAGGUCUCCAACACUGCAUGGAGUUCCUAAGGUUGUCAGUCCACCUCAAAUUGUCCAGGAGAUAUCUAGUGAUAAUCACACUAAAGCUGAUUCAUCAGUUCCUCAACAAUCAAGGCCUCAUGAACAUUCAACUGGCACUCCUCAACAAUCAAGGCCUCAAGAACCUUCAACUGGCACUCCUCAACAAGCAAGGCCUCCAGAACCUUCAACUAGCACUCCAAGUGUCCGUGAAGUCUUACCUGCCUCUGGACCCACAAAGGAUGCAGAUAAUAUAUCUAACUGCAGUGAGAGAAGGAAUGUUGUCAAAAUAAGGGUUAAACGUGCUUCAUCAUCCAGUAAAGCAGAUGAUGCUGAUCACAGAGAUCAUUCACAUGGUAGAAAUGAAAAUGAAGCUGGUCCAUGUAGCUCUAUGUCAGUGGAUGCCCCUAUGACUGAAGCACCAGAAGCAGUAAAUGUAAGUAAUCAUAAUAUCGAGGAACAAAACUCGUGUCAUGAUAGGGAAUCAAGGAUGUCAGCAAGCAUUAGCAAUGUCAAACUAAUUGACAAGCAUGAAGCAUCCAAGGAACUUCAGUGCACAGCCGAUUCUAGGCUAGAUGCUAUCCCCAAGGACCACUUAUCUCCUAUUGUUAACGGACAGGAAGCCGUAGACAAGCCUUGUAGUCAGCUUGAGGUAGUCUCCACCAGCUAUGAUGGAAAUCAAGCUCCAGGCUCCUUGAACGGACUGGAAACCAAAGAGAAGAAGAAGGACAAGAAAGAUAAAAAGCGGAAUCGAGAUAAGAAAGAUGAUCCUGAGUAUCUGGAGAAAAAACGGCUCAAGAAAGAGAAGAAAAGGAUAGAGAAAGAAAAAGGCAAAAGGCAGAAGGAAAAGGAAGGUGAAGGGGUUUCAUCUUCCGAGCCGAAGAAUAUAGCAAAACCUUCAGAUUCUCACGGAACUUCAUCAGCGAGGCCACCAGCUCCAAUGCGAACUGCUGAACCCCAGAUAUCAAAUGUGCGGGCGCCAGUAGAUACCACACGGACAUUGACCACUACGAAGAUUAGGAUCAAAGUCAAGCCUCUACAAAGAUAAUUUGAAGAGAGUUGAAUUGUGCCUGGGUCACCAUUAAAUACUGUACAGUAGAAAAAACUCGUGAGCUGUAGGAUGUAUGAUGAGUAGCCAAUUUUUAAUCGAAUGGCUGAUGUAUUUUGUAGAGAGAUCAUACUGGCCCAGUAAAUUUCUGGGGUAAUUGUCAUCAAGUUCGAGCAUUAUUGCUUAUGGUGAAAUCACGAGGCCUUAUAGUAGCUUGAA